GAUCAACACUUUUUACUAAGUUGGAAAAAGAUCAUAAUGAUGAACGAGAAGAAUUUAUUCGUAACAGAGCAUCAAAAAUUGUUGAACAAAUUAAAUUGAAAAGAAUACAAGUAAAUGAAGAUGAAGAUAAUAAUAAUUAUUGA